AUGAGUGGGUUUAAAACCAUUACAUCUUCCCUUGGUGCGUUUGGACUUGUGGGCACCGCUGCUGCCAUUCAAGCCUCGCUGUUUAAUGUCGAUGGUGGAUAUCGCGGUGUAAAGUUUUCCCGUCUAAGCGGUGUCCUUGAUACGGUCUAUGAAGAGGGAACGCAUUUCCUUAUCCCCUGGAUUGAAAGUGUUCAUCUUUAUGAUGUUCGUGCUCGCCCUCGAAAUAUCCCAUCGCUGACGGGGACCAAAGAUCUUCAGAUGGUUAACAUCACUCUUCGUGUUUUGGCAAAGCCAGAUACCGCACACCUUCCACAGAUACACCGGGAAAUUGGCCCCGAUUAUGACGAGAGGGUUCUGCCCUCCAUCGCCAACGAGGUUCUGAAGGCCGUUGUGGCGCAAUUCAAUGCAUCACAGCUCAUUACACAGCGAGAAAAGGUGUCUAAACUGAUCCGGGAAAGACUGACCGAACGAUCGGCAAUUUUCAACAUCAUUCUUGAUGAUGUUUCCCUUGUCAAUGUUCAGUUUGGCGAAGAAUUCGCACAUGCCGUUGAAGCCAAGCAGAUUGCACAGCAGGAUGCGCAGAGAUCGGCCUUCAUCAUCGAGCGAGCGAUUCAAGAGAAGCAAUCCACAAUUGUCAAGGCAGAAGGCGAGGCACUGGCAGCCACUCUUAUUGGAGAUGCGGUUGCAAAAAAUCCGGCCUUCCUCCAAUUAAGAAAGAUCGAAGCGGCUAAAGAGAUCGCGCAACAUAUUGCAAAAAGCUCCAAUUCGGUCUACCUCAAUGCCGAAAGUUUACUAUUGAAUUUGGCGCAUUUACAGCAGCAGCCGGACAAAUAA